AUGCCCGAAAGGUCACGUCUGGCUCAACUGUACGGCCUACCCAAGACCCAUAAACCAAAAUUAGCUAUGCGUCCCAUUCUCUCUGCCACUGGAACCUACAACUUUAUGCUAGCGAAGUGGUUAGAUGAGAAACUAAAACCAAUUUCCAUCAACGAAUUUACUGUUUCUGAUCCUCUACGAUUCUCCGAAGAGUUACGCAAGAAAGAGAUUGUUGACGGCGAAAUUCUUGUGUCGUAUGAUGUCUCCUCGCUGUUCACUAACGUUCCAGUUGAUGAGACAAUUGAAAUUCUUGUCGAGAGAGCUUUUCAUAAGGAAUGGUUUAACUACAAAUACAACCUAGCGCUGAAAGAAUCGGAUCUUCGCGCCUUGUUGAACAUAGCCGUGAAAAACCAACUAUUUCAACUGGACGGAAAGCUAUACGAGCAGACCGACGGUGUAGCAAUGGGAUCGCCACUCGGGCCUUUAAUGGCAAAUACCUUCAUGUGCUCCAUCGAGGAGAAGCUGGUCAACA